UUAGGUUUCUUCUCCUGCAACCAUCAUCUUUCAUUACGCGCAAAAACUCUUCGAGGUCAAGGAAAUUGAUAUGGCUGGCCGAGGAAAGACACUGGGAUCGGGAUCGUCGAAGAAAGCGCAAUCACGGAGCAGCAAGGCUGGCCUCCAGUUUCCUGUCGGUCGUAUUGCUCGGUUUUUGAAGGCCGGAAAAUACGCGGAGCGCGUCGGUGCCGGAGCUCCGGUUUACCUCGCUGCCGUCCUGGAAUACCUCGCCGCCGAGGUGCUGGAAUUGGCCGGAAACGCGGCUAGGGACAACAAAAAGACUCGAAUAGUGCCUCGGCACAUCCAAUUGGCGGUUAGGAACGAUGAAGAGCUGAGCAAACUCCUCGGAGACGUGACGAUUGCUAAUGGAGGAGUGAUGCCGAACAUCCACAAUCUGUUGCUUCCGAAGAAGGUUGGUGGUUCAUCGAAGGCCUCUGCAAACGACGACGAUUAGAUUGACUGCCUUCCGCCAUUGUUGAUGAUGGUCUUACAGUUCGUUAUCUGUUAGUGGUAUUUAGUGUUCUAUUAUUGUCAGGUCAGAGGAUUGGGGGUGAGAAUAUGUAAAUUAUAAAACUCGAAUGAACGGAGGAGUUUCUUUCUUGCCUA